UUUUAGUUCACCGUUUCAAAAUUCAGAAUGUCUUCAUUAACAUCUCUUCCUGAUUAUGAAAAAUUCGUUGAAAUUCAACAAAAUGUUUAUCGUGCAAGAUUUUCUUUAAAAUUAUAUGGAAGUACUUAUCCAACAUCAAUAUUUUUAGUUCAUAUACCUACUACAAAGGAUUGUAUUUUAGUUGAUGGUGGGGACCCAGAUAAUGUAACUAAAAUAACAAAUGCGAUUUCAUCACAUUUUGAAUCAUUUCCUGAAUAUAAAUUAAAGUAUGUAGUAUUAACUCAUGGUCAUUUUGAUCAUACGGGAGUUUUAUUAAAAUUAUUAAAUGAUUAUAAAGAUAUUAAAAUAGUUAUGGGAGAAAAUGAAAUUCCUUUUGUCGUUCAUGGGAAAAAAUAUAGUGAAAUUACUGGGGAUACCUUAACUUAUCAAUUAUUGAAACAUUUUUUUGCUGAAGGAAAAGCUAUAGGCAAUGAAGAUAGGGUCAUUGCUAUUAAAGAGGGUAGAGAAGAUGAAUUUGAAUUUCAUAAUGACUUGAGACCAAUUUUUACUGUUGGACAUACACCUGGUUCACUUUCGUAUUUACAUGUUCCAACGAAUAUUAUUUUAAUUGGGGAUUUGGUUUUUAACUUUCCUCUGAUCCAGAUUCCUAUAUUUUCUGCGAAAAAUAACAUUAGUAUACCAAUAACCUCUUUUAGUGUAUCAGAAUCUAAAAAUUCUAUAAAGAAGGUCGUUGAAAUGGAAAGUGAAGUAAAUUUUGUAUUUCCCGCUCAUGAUCUUUAUCAAAAUGGGAUUAGUAUAGAAGAAUUUAAACAACAUGCUCAAAAAUUAUAAGAAUUCUCAACCUUCCAUAGUUUACUUUGAAUAAAUGAUAGUAUAUAUUAUAAUAUUAUACAUGUAAUACAGUAUUUUAUAUAUUUUAUUUACAUUAUAUAAU